UUGAUGCUGAGAGAGCGCGAGCCUCCAGCAGCAGCAGCAGCAGAAACGCCCUGUGCAUCCUCUCUCUCCUCUCCUCCAACAGCCACCCACCGUCCGUGUGUCCCGGAUCUCCUCUGCUGCUCCAGCCGCGGAGGAGCCACUCUGAGCGGCAGGAAGACGAACCAAACCUCCCUGGAAGAAAUGGCCUUUUAAACACUUGAGAGAAUAACCCAGAGGAGACAUGGAUCCUUUGCCUUUUUCCUUCCUCCGCCACCUCCUCCUCCUCCUCGCUUCCCUGAGCUGCUUCUCCUGCUUCUGCUGAAAGGAGAUAUGGUUGCCUGUUUGAGAAUGAGCUGUGUUCACCGUAUGAGGUCUGCGUCAACGACGGCAUGUUUGGGAGGUGUCACCCUGUUCCAGUGAAGGAGGUUUACACCUACGAUGUCUCCCCGUCUGUAGUUCAACGCUUCAGGACGCUGCUGGAGAAGCUCUCCAACAGAGGUCUGACCUGGGAAGAUGACACCACUCAGCAGGUUCUGGCCAAGGAGCUGUCCAAACUGAGGAGGGUUCCCUUCAGGCCGCAGCAGAGCGGAGCGAACUACAACUUAGACACCAGGCCUGCAGCUAAAGCGAUGGACCCAGUCGACCAGAGGGUGAAGCCGGUGGAGGUGGAGCUCAGCAGAAAUCUGCAGACGUACCUCCAACGUCUCGGCCUCCUUCCCAAGACGUCGUCUGCUUCCAGUCUGAGCACCGCGGGCAAGAGUGACCGUUUCCAGUCGGGCGCCCCUGCAGACUACUAUCGCUCGAAGGCCCAGAAGUCGUCUCCCGCCUCUCUUUCAUCUUUCACACCUCUGCAGAAGCAGAGACCUCCGGCCGACCAGCUCCUCGCCACGCAGGCUGAGGGGGACUUCCUGCUGGGCGCCCUGAGGCAGUAUCUGUCCCUGCAUACUGGGGGGGUGAACCCCGAGGAGCAGGAGGCCCCCCCGCCCCGCCUGAGGCCCUUCUACAGCAACGGAAUAGAAAACUCUGGCCUCAAAAAAGAGACUCCAAAAUCCAGGCUUCUGAAGGGAAGAACUCAAGGAGUCAAACAGCCUCUGACGUCUGUGGACGAGAGGUUCAUCCAGAACGUUUUGAAGAGUGUUGGCAGGCACCACGUGGACGUGGACGGCCUGACGCCGCAGGACUUGGGCCAACUGUCCAGGCUGAUAGCUGAUGCCCUGCAGGUGGUCGACCGGGAUCAGGGGCUAAACAGGGGCCUGACCCGCGUCAGACCUCGACCCAGAGACCUGGAGGGGGAGCUGCAGGACGAGGAGGAGGAGGAGGCUGGCAGGGAUGAGGAAGACGAGAAGUUACUCCAGAACGCUCCAACACUGGAACCACAGGAGAGCUCUCCGACAGCGCCGGCUGCGCUUCAAGAGCGCCACACGGAUACAGAGGAGCGUAAUGUGAAGCCCGACGGUGGAAGCCUCUUCACCAAACUCCUCGCCUACCUGGACAAAACGUCCUCCGGCGCGUCUCCCUCGGCGAGAAAUCGCGACGACGUUGCCAUGGAGACACCCGGAGGCCAUCAGGUGGGGCUGGAAAACGUCCAGAGCCGGACGAGCGAGGCGGGCGUGACGGUGCAGAAGAAGGACGCCACCCAGUCCGUGGAGGAGGUGUCGGAGGUGCAGGGCUGGAUCAAGGAUGUGGCGCCUCCUCCUGCUUCGCUCGUGUACGAAGAGCCGCACAGGAAGACGAUGCACGUGCCCGAACUUCAGCUGGACGUCAAGAAGGCGGACGAGGACGUCUUCGGCUACGUCAUCACCGACACAGAUGUGCUCCAGACAGACGAAGGCCUCCACCUGAUGGGGAUCCUGGCUCGCAGGGCUAAAAUCCAGAUGACAGACUUCGCCGAGCUCUCGGUGGUGGGCCCCGCUGUGACCUUCAAAGUAAGCCCCAACAGUCACAACGUCAGCACCACAGAUGUGGCCAACGUGGCAGUUCAAGAGAAGGAGGAUCUGGAGAAGGAAGCUAAGCUCAGCAUCCUGGAGGCCGGCGUCACCGAUGGAAGCCAGAUCAACCAGAUCCCCACCAAGUACAGCCAGGCGGAGUCCACCAAGUUCCUGGUCCUCACCGUGGUUUCCAUCCUGUGCAUCGUCGGCGUGCUGCUGGCCUCCACCGUGGUCUACUGCCUCCGUCACCGCUCCCACCACAAGCUGAAGGAGAAACUCACCAAUCUGGGAACAGACACUGGCAGCGAUGCGACCGCGACCUAUCAGGAGCUUUGUCGGCAGCGCAUGGCGGUCAAACCUCCGGCCGAGCGCCCGGAGCCCAUCUCCUCCAGGAUCAACAGCGUGUCGUCUCAGUUCAGCGACGGCGGUCCGGCCGUCAGCCCCUCGGCCCGGAGCAGCAUCUCCUCCUGGAGCGAAGAGCCGGCACACUCCAACAUGGACAUCUCCACCGGUCACAUGAUACUGUCCUACAUGGAGGAUCACAUGAAGAACAAGGACCGGCUGGAGAAGGAGUGGGAGGCGCUGUGUGCCUAUCAGGCCGAACCCAACACCUGCACCAGCGGCCUGAAGGAUGGCAACACCAAGAAGAACCGUUCCACUGCUGUUGUGGCAUAUGAUCACUCCAGAAUCACCUUGAAGGUGGAGAACAGCCAAGGCAACUCUGAUUACAUCAAUGCCAGCCCGAUCAUGGAUCAUGAUCCGAGGAACCCGGCCUACAUCGCCACUCAAGGCCCUCUGCCCUCCACUGUGGCUGAUUUCUGGCAGAUGGUAUGGGAGAACGGCUGCGUGGUUAUCGUAAUGCUGACGCCUCUCGUUGAGAGCGGAGUGAAGCAGUGCUACCACUACUGGCCCGACGAGGGAUCCAACCUGUAUCACAUCUACGAGGUGAACCUGGUGUCCGAACACAUCUGGUGCGACGAUUUCCUGGUUCGUAGCUUCUACCUUAAGAACAUGCAGACCAACGAGACACGAACCGUCACUCAGUUCCACUUCCUGACUUGGCUCAACCAGAACGUCCCGGAGACCAGCCGGACGUUGCUCGACUUCCGCAGGAAAGUUAACAAGUGCUACCGCGGACGCUCGUGUCCUAUCAUAGUCCACUGCAGUGACGGCGGGGGAAGAAGUGGGACCUACGUCCUGAUCGACAUGGUCCUCAACAAGAUGGCUAAAGGAGCCAAGGAGAUUGAUAUUGCAGCGACGCUGGAGCACCUGCGGGACCAGAGGUCGGGAAUGGUCCAAACCAAGGAUCAGUUUGAGUUUGCGUUGACGGCCGUAGCGGAGGAGGUGAAUGCCAUUCUGAAGGCUCUUCCACAGUAGGAAGGAGCACCUCCGUCUGAUGGACCUCCUUCCUCCUCCAUCUACAGAACUUUCUCUUAGAUUUCCUCUUCCCAUCACCUCGAUCUCCUCCUUUCUCCUCUCGUUCCCUUCUGUCUUAUCCGUUCCUAUUUCGUCUCCUCUUUUAGUCUCCCAACUUCCCUCCUAUCCCUUCUCAUUAUGUCUUCUUUUUCCAAAUGUAUCCUCCCUUCCUCUCCCUUUUCCCGAACGUUUCUCCUCUCGCCUCGUCUCCUUUUACCUCCAUCUGAGUAAACAUUGUGCCAGGAAACAGUUUGAACCAAUCCUGUACAUAGAUAGACCUUCCUUCUAUUGUAAUGAUCCAUACAGCCUGUUUUCCAAAGUGACAUUUAAACACAUUUUCAUAGAUUGAUAAAAAGAAAUGUUUCUAUAGUAUAUUUAUCCUAGUUUCGUUUGGAUUGGUCUUUGUUUUCAGUGUGUUUGUGAUGAUGACCAUCAUGCCCGUAAUCACAAAAAUCGUAUUUGUGUUUUAGAGCCAUGCUUUCUGAUUUGGUGUCCUGCAGUACGCUAGAGUAUCACAGUGCAAAUCAUCUGUGGUUUCAUCUCCCGUUUCUUUUUCUAAACAGUAAGUGAUGAAAAACUGCCAAUCAGGUGUUGUUUCCAAAACCUGUGCGGCGACUCCAUUAACUCCAUCUGCAAUUUUCCGCUUAUUGUGAGAAAAAUAUAAGAUGCUGGAUAUACGGUGAAAUAACACAGAUAUAUUUUUCUUCAAUGUGUCUCAUUAUUCUAGUCGAAGCAAUAUUGUUUCUUCCGCCUGAAUCAUGGACAACAAACGUCCGUCCACGUCUGUGGCUCAUCAGUGAAGUUACACUCGUGUCUGCCUUAAUGAAAACGCAUUAGAUGGACUCGUACGUGUGUCCAGCCACGUGGAAACUACACUAGCGUGUAGCGCUUCAUUUUAAAAUGGCCUUUAGUCCAGCGGAUUAAAGGUUUGUCUGAUAAACACUGAAGUCUUUCAUAAUCUGGGGGCAGGAAGUUACUUUCUGUCUUUGAAUCAGUUAGGAUGAGACCGUUAUAAAAUAAAGUGUUUGUGACUUUUACGAUGAAAGACGAUAGUCUUCAAUAGCAGUACUUCUAUGUAGCAUUAAUGGAUGAGUUGUACAUGUAGCUGAACCCGUGUUGCAUUAAAAACUAGUUUGCUGUGACACCUUUUCCCUAAAGCAUCUUGAGACCAACUGAAGAAAGAAGCCUUUGGGAAAGCAGCUCGUAGUUUGUGUAAAAUCAACUUAAUUUCUCUACUUUCAAUUGACACUAUAUAAACAGUUUAAAAGAUUCUAUCCAUCAAAUUAAAAUUGUCUUUGUCUUCUCUUAUUUAAAUCCCCAAUAACACGACUUGCCUACUAGUGCAUGGUUAUUUAUUCAGCAAAUAAAUGUGCUGUACUUUCAGACGAUGUUAGCAAAACUCUUCAAGCAAGCAAACAAAUGUUCACUUUAUUGCACGAGAGGCUCCGAGGACCUUAAAAGUGCAAAAGCCAAGGAUUAUCAUCUCUAAACUGUGCAGAUUGUGGGUGAAGUGAAUUGAAAGGUGGUGCAGCAUUGAUAUGAUGUAAUACUGCAGCAAGCUGGUGUCAUGUCGUUGGAAUCGACUCCAUUUUCCAUCACAAAAUUGAAACAUGCUGCAAGAAAUGUUCCUUAUAACUGCUUAUUUAAUGUUGAAUAGCAUCUCAAUGUUUCUGCCUUUUUCAAGAUACCAUCAUGUGAGUUAGGAAUGUGGAAAUAUGUGAAACUGCAUUGGAAGAAUUGAAAUUAUCUGAUUCUACCAGCCAUUUUUAAUGUGAGUCAAAACUAAACCUUUGCUCAGUAGGUCAUAUCCACCAAUACUUGUAUACAAGUACACAGGUAUUCAAGUACUCAAGUAUACAAGUGUCAGAGAUGGCUGGUCUGUUGCAUUAACACUCUGUACAUAAACCAACAAAAAAUACAAAAAACUGAAGAUAUUUUGUUCUAUUGGUGUAAACAAAUUGUGAAUAAAGUCUAAUUGUUGAUGCAGUAUUGUGAUGCAAUCCUGA